CGUGUUUUGUGUCAUAUACUUUGUGUCAUCCAUUAAUUUUACGGGAAGCAAAUUUUUAGUAAUCAUAAUAAAUUAUAAAAAAAAUAUAAUUAAAAAUGCCGUUAAGAUUGGAUAUUAAACGUCGAUUAACAUCGAGAUCCGACAGAGUUAAAUGUGUGGAUUUACAUCCAUCUGAACCAUGGAUGCUUUGUGCGCUUUAUAAUGGACACGUCCACGUCAUGAACUAUGAAAAUCAACAAUUAGUCAAAGAUUUUGAAGUUUCCGAUGUUCCAGUAAGAUCAGCAAAAUUUGUUCCGAGGAAAAAUUGGGUAAUUACUGGAUCUGACGAUAUGCAAAUAAGAGUCUUCAAUUACAAUACAUUGGAAAAAGUGCAUUCUUUUGAAGCGCAUUCUGAUUAUGUACGUUGCAUAGCUGUACACCCAACACAGCCUAUAAUUUUAACCAGCAGUGACGAUAUGCUUAUUAAAUUAUGGAAUUGGGAAAAAAUGUGGGCAUGCCAAAAAGUAUUUGAAGGACAUACCCACUAUGUUAUGCAAAUAGUUUUUAACCCAAAGGACAAUAAUACUUUUGCAUCUGCAUCCUUAGACCGUACAGUUAAAGUUUGGCAGUUAGGUUCAAACCUGGCUAAUUUCACAUUAGAUGGACAUGAAAAAGGAGUAAAUUGUUUGGAUUAUUAUCACGGCGGUGAUAAGCCUUAUUUGAUUUCUGGAGCAGAUGACAGACUGGUUAAAAUUUGGGAUUACCAAAACAAAACAUGUGUUCAAACACUAAAUGGUCAUGCUCAAAAUAUUUCAGCGGUGUGUUUUCAUCCGGAGUUACCAAUUGUUUUAACAGGUUCAGAAGAUGGAACAGUAAGAAUUUGGCAUUCUGGAACUUACCGACUUGAAACUUUGCUUAAUUAUGGAUUUGAAAGGGUUUGGACUAUUGCCUGUAUGCGUGGCACAAAUAAUGUUGCUUUGGGUUACGAUGAAGGAUCUAUUAUUAUAAAAGUUGGUAGGGAAGAACCUGCAAUGUCUAUGGACGUAAAUGGUGGUAAAAUAAUAUGGGCAAAACAUUCAGAAUUACAGCAAGUAAAUUUAAAGGCAUUGCCAGAAGGCACUGAAAUUAAAGAUGGAGAUAGACUUCCAGUUGCAACAAAAGACAUGGGUGCUUGUGAAAUAUAUCCGCAAACUAUUGCCCAUAAUCCAAAUGGCCGGUUCGUUGUUGUUUGUGGUGAUGGAGAAUAUAUAAUAUAUACAUCAAUGGCUUUGCGAAAUAAAGCUUUUGGUUCAGCGAAAGAAUUUGUUUGGGCAAUGGAAAGUUCUGAAUAUGCAAUUCGAGAAAGUAUUGGAAGUAUUAAAGUUUUCAGAAAUUUUAAAGAAAGAAAAACUUUUACUCCAGAAUGUGGUGCUGAAAAUAUUUUCGGAGGCUAUUUAUUAGGAGUUAAAACUUCUUCUGGUUUUGGUUUUUAUGACUGGGAAUCGUUAACAUUAGUCCGUAGAAUUGAAGUUCAACCAAGGCAUAUAUUUUGGAAUGAGAGCGGUACACUUGUUUGUUUAGCAACUGAUGAGUCAUUUUUUGUUUUGAGUGUUGAUACAACUACGAUAUCGAAUGCAUUAGAAACGAAAGCAGCAAUUGGAGAUGAUGGUAUAGAAGAUGCAUUUGAUGUAGUUGGUGAGAUAAGUGAGCAAGUGAAAACUGGUAUUUGGGUUGGUGAUUGCUUUAUCUAUACAAACUCUGUAAAUCGUAUUAAUUAUUUCGUUGGUGGAGAAAUCGUUACCGUAUCUCAUUUAGACAGAACCAUGUAUCUUCUAGGAUAUGUACCAAAAGAUAACCGGUUAUAUUUGGGAGAUAAAGAAUUAAACGUAACAAGUUUUUCGCUUCAAUUAUCUGUUCUUGAAUAUCAAACAGCUGUAAUGAGAGGAGAUUUGGAGAUUGCUGAUCGUGUACUAGCUACAGUGCCGAAAGAACAUCGAACACGUGUUGCACAUUUUUUGGAAAAACAAGGGUAUAAAUUACAAGCACUAGAAGUAACAACAGAUCCUGAUCACAAAUUUGAUUUGGCGUUACAAAUUGGAGAUUUAAAUACAGCAGUUAUUUUGGCUCGCGAAUCACAAAACCCUCAAAAAUGGUCACAGUUGGCCGAUGUAGCUACAAGAAAAAACAAUAUGGAGCUCGUUAGAGAAUGUUUAGAAAACGCUCAAGAUUAUGGUGGUCUAUUACUCUUAGCAACAAGUUCUGGUGAUGGCCAAUUAUUGAAAUCAUUAAGUGAAACAUGCAAUAAAAAUGAUCGAUAUAACAUUUCAUUUUUAUCAACAUUCCUGUUAGGAGAUAUUGAGGGUUGUUUGGAUAUAUUAAUUAAAACAAAUCGGUUACCCGAAGCUGCAUUCUUUGCCAGAACAUACAUUCCCAGUAAAAUUUCAGAGGUCGUUGAAUUAUGGCGUGUCGAAUUAAAAAAAAUUAAUGAAAAAGCCGGUCAAAGUUUAGCCGAUCCCAAUAAAUACGAAAAUCUAUUUCCUGGAUAUCAAAAUGCAAUUCAAGUUGAAGAAUAUUUAAAGAGGACACAACAGAAAGUUAUUCCAGCAGAUGAUGCACUUUUAAUACCAAUGAACAUUUCUAGGAAUCCAUUGGAAGAAAUGCAAAAUUUAGAAUCAAAUAAUGUGUUUAAUUUUGAUGAUGACUUAAAAAAAGAGUUAAAAACUAUCAAUGUGCAAAGUAAUGGAACAACGCCAUCAAUAUUGCCAACAAAAACAGCACAAGUUCCAACAUCAGACGAUGAAGCAAUAAAUUUCAACACAUCGGAUGAUGAAGCAAUGAUAGAAUCGAAUUUUCAUUCACAAAUAGAAUCUACAAGUGAAGAAAAACUUAAUGAAUUAAUUAAUUCUUCGAUAAAAGGUUCAACUAUUGCCGCAUCAGUAGCUGCAACGAUAGCCGCCACAACAAAAGCCGAUGAAAUAGACUCGGAUUUAGAAAUAGAUGAUUUGGAUUUGGAUCUUGUUGGGUAACUUUGGCUAUAAAUGUUUAGAUCAUUUAACCAGAGUAAAAAUAAAAAUUAAUUCAAAGUUGCAUUAAUAAAAUCAAACUUUAAAGUGGUUAUAAAAUAAAAAAAAUUUCUCUUUAAGUUUUAUGCAAUUUUUGCAUUUUUCUAUUUAAUUUUUUUGCUAUAAACAAAAUAAAUGUAGAACUUUUAUUAUACAUAAAGGUAUUGUUUAUGAUGAAAACCUAAAUAAUGUAAACCUAAUAUAGAAAUAUCCUUUAAAAUACAUACAUAUAUUGUUUCAAAAAUAAUUUUUUGUUAUUAUUUUAAAACGAUUAACUAACUCAAUCGAAUUGCCAGUUUUUUAGUUAAUUUAGGAAUGGAAAAUAUUAAAAUUAUUUUAACCAUUGUAGUACAUACAUACUUAUUUGUUUUAAAACAUCUGUUUAAAUUUGACACAAAUUGUAUCUGGUAAAUUUUUUAUUCGUUCUGUUGA